CACGUGGAUUUCGGAGUUGCAGCUCAAUGGAGCUCCUCCCACACGAUAUGAUGGCCCUUGAUGCUCCAGGGUUGCUGGCCCUGGACACAGGCGCCCUGGAGGCCCUUUGGCAGGGACCUCGAUGAUCGCCCCUCCAUGCUCCGGGCGGCUGCCCCUGGACCCAAGCGCCUUGGAGGCCAACAUGCCGUCUCCGCGCCUGCGGCAGCCCCGCGUCGAUUUGCCGGCCCGCGUGCCUGGCCCCGCGUCCGAUUGCUGGCCCGCGUGCCUGGCCCCGCGUCCGAUUGCUGGCCCGCGUGCCUGCUGGCUGCUGCAGAUGACUCGCACCUAUUUUUUUAUUGUGAGCAACAAAGUGCCCUUACCCUCCCCUGACCCACAACUCUCAGUCG